AUGCAGUUAAUGCUAAACCACGGUGUUCCUGUGUGUCUUUCAGGGAUAAUUCACCCCUCCCUCUUUCCCAGUAGGAUGGAGGAUCAUGAACGCAGGAGGAAGGCCAUGAAGAGGAUGCAAACAUCACUAGUGUUGAGAGAGGAACAUGUGCAUGCAAAUCAAGAUUUUGUGAAUGUCAAAGGUGGUGAUGAUGACAAGUCUCACAUCGGUCAGAUUUAACUGCAAAAGCUGCUUCAUUAGGUUCUGCCUCCUCCGAUGUUCCGUUUCUAAUUUUGUUAUUAUACUCUAUUGAUCGUUAAUCUAGUGUUAUUACACCUUCACGUUUGACAACAUUUU